GAAUUAUUAAAACCUCUUAGGCUCGUGGUUGCUAUUUGUUUACAUGUGGAAGGCGGCGCGUGGCUGCCUGUGUGGAGCGUCUGUUUUUUACCUGUUUUUCUACCUAACCUAACAAGACCUCAGCUCCGCCCAGACCCCAUAGCAGCCGGCAGCCAUGGGGACGUCUUACCUGGAGGAGAUGCGGAGCUACUUUGAGACACACAACAAGCAGAAGGAGUACGUGGGCCACAACUCUAAGGUCCACACCAUCGGCUGGAACGCUGACGGCCGCCGCCUCGCCUCCGGCUCCUACGACAAGUGUGUGACCAUCUUUGUGUUCGACGGACAUCGCGACACUCUGCGGAAGGACUACACCUACAAGGGACAUGGCGACAGUGUGGACCAGUUGUGUUGGCAUCCCACACACUCCGAGCAGCUCACUUCGGCCAGCGGGGACAAGACAGUGCGGAUAUGGGACACACGCACCCACAAGUGUUCCGCAACCAUUACCACGAAAGGCGAGAACAUCAACAUCACGUGGUCACCGGACGGCCACACCAUCGCCGUGGGCAACAAGGAGGACCUGGUCUCCUUCAUCGACGUCCGCAGUCAGAAGAUCCGUCACGAGCAGCAGUUCAAGUUUGAGGUCAACGAGCUCUCCUGGAACAACACCAAUGACCUCUUCUACCUCACCAACGCGCAGAGUGGCCAGGGCUACAUACACAUAUACAAUUACCCCGAGAUGGAGCUGGCCCACUCCAUCCACGCCCACCCCGGGAACUGCAUCUGCAUCAAGUUUGAGCCGCAGGGACGCUACUUCGCCACGGGCUCCGCCGAUGCGCUGGUCUCCAUCUGGGACGUGCAGGAGCUGUACUGCAAACGAACACUGCCCAGGCUGGAGUGGCCGGUUCGGACUCUGAGUUUUUCGAGCGACGGGCAGCUCCUGGCGUCUGGGAGUGAGGACCAGGCUAUUGACGUGGCCCAUGUGGAGACGGGGGAGCAGGUCGCCCAUAUCAGCGUGGCCUACCCGACCUUCACGCUGGAAUGGCACCCCAAACACUUCCUGCUGGCCUAUGCGUGUGACGACAAAGACGACCGCGACCGUGACCGCGACGCUGGCACAGUGAAGCUCUGGGGGCUGGGCGACCGUACAUAGACACACACACACACACACACACACACACACACACACAGGCAUGCACACACACAUAAACACUGGUAAAGGUAAAGGUUAGAUUAAUUAGAUAAGGUUCAUUAAGUUGCACACACACACACACACACACACACACACACACACACACACACACA